AGUGAUUUCUAGUAGUGAAGGGUUUUUUAAUAUUAUUUAUUAUGUUUAUUGAUUUUCUCUUGAUUUUUUGAGACUUGAGAAUCUAUAUAAAUUGUUUUUGCUGCAGAGGAGACUUGUGAGUACUAUACAAAAUCUACUACUUCUCAAAAAAGACAGGGAUGACCACUUCCCCCCAAACCAAUGAACGCAACACCCCUUAAUUUAGAAAAAUCAACUUUUACAAAAAAAAAAUCCGUCAGUAUCUUAGUUUUAAACACUGCUGUCCUUUUUUGGAACCCCCAGGAUUUGAUUUUGAGCUGCCCCUGGAAAUACAAACCGGUUUCCCCUGUGGGCACCCCUGAAAAAGAUUUUCGUGAGCAAAUGCAACUGGAUUCUCCUUCGACCAGCAUGCUUCGUGAACAGAUGUCUUCCAGGGGUAGUACGGUGGAUGAGACGCCUGAGCAACUAUUCCAAUCCUCCUUUCAAGUGAUGGAGGAACUCAUCGAUAAACUCAAGGUGCUCAACUAUGACGAGGAAUUUCUGAAGGAGCUGAAAAUGCGGCCGAUACACAAACACUACUUUGCACUGCAGACAAAUGCUGGAGAGCAAUUUUUUCUUUUCACCGUUUUGUCUGCCUGGCUGCUAAGAAAAUUGGGUCUAAAAUUUGAACAGCCUCAAGAGUAUGAUGAUCCCAACUCGACUAUUGCCAGCAUAUUGGAUGCUACCAGGGAGCUUGGCAUUGUUGUUGACUUUCCACCAAAUAAACUGAAACAAGGAUCUGGAAAAUAUGCCAUCUACAUACUAAAUGCACUAGCCGAUAAAGCUUUGAGCCACCUGAAGUUUGUAUGGAAAAAACCUCGACCUCCAGCUGAGGUAGAAGAUGAGGACAGUAAUGGUGAGGAUGAUUAUGAACUUCUGCUGGAAAGAGUUGAGGAAGAGAUGGCCGGUGAGGAUUCUGAGGAAGAUGAGGAUAAUCUGCUACACAUUGAUGAUCUGCAUAAUAUUGCCAGUGCUCACAAGAUUAUGGACCUUCAAAAGCCUGAAGAGAUUCUCGAAUCGAAUACCAAUCUGGAAGAGUGGCACCUGGAAUUAGAGCGUGUCUUGCCCCAUCUCAAAGUCACAAUUAAAAGUGACUCCAGAGAUUGGCGCUCGCAUUUGGAACAGAUGAAACAGCACAGAGCUGGAAUGGAGGAGACUUUGGGCUCUGCCAAAUUCCAGCUGGAGCGGCUGGAGAAGGAGAUCACAGGCACGCUGGAGAAAGUUAAGAGCCGCGAGAAGUUCCUCAACUCUCAGCUGGAGAAUCUGCUCAGUCAGUACCGGACGGCACAGGACGAAUUGGCCAGAGUGACAGAGCAAUACAGAGAAGUGAGCGGUGGAGUGAACGAUAGACAGAGACAGUUGACAAGGCUCACUGAUGAGUUGGACCUUAUCAAGCAGGAGAUGGAAGAGCGCGGAUCCACCAUGACUGAUGGAUCACCCCUGAUCAAUAUAAAGAAGGCAAUUGCCAGAAUAAAGGCAGACAUUGUUGAAAUGGAUGUGAGGAUUGGAGUUCUCGACCACGCUGUGUUGGAAGCCAAGCUCAGAGACAAGACUCUGCUCAAUGCUCAGAUUGCUGCUUAGAAAUAAGUUUCAAUAUUUUGGCUUGAUUGGUUUUUAUUAAUCCGUUCAACUGUUAUCAUAGGGAAAACAAAACAUAAUAAGAUAUUCCGUGCUAUAAAUAAAUAAAUUAUCUAUUCAACCAAUUCAAAUAAAUCAAUUAUUGU